AACCCCUUGCAGGUACCCCUACAGCCUAUACUACUCAACCCCUUGCAGGUACCCCUAUAGCCUAUACUACUCAACCCCUUGUAGGUACCCCUACAGCCUAUAGAACACAGAACACUGAACCCAGAACCCAGAAUUCAAAAUACAGAACCCAGAACCCAGAACUAGAACACAGAACCAGAACACAAAACCCAGAAUCCAAAACACAGAACCCAACUCAGAAUACAGAACCCAGAACACAAAACACAGAACACAGAACCCAGAACCCUGAACCAGAACACAGAACUCGAAGACAGAACCAAACCACAACACAAAACCCAGAACACAAAACCCAGAACACAAAACCCAGAACACAAAACCCAGAACACAAAACCAGAACACAACACACAAAACCCAACCCAGAGCACAGAACCAGAACACAAAACACAGAACCAGAAUACAAAACCCAGAACCCAGAACACAGAACCAAACCCAGAACACAUAACCCAGAACACAGAACACAGAACCCAGAACCCAGAACACAGAAACCAACCCAGGACACAAAACCCAACCCAGAACACAGAACACAAAACCCAGAACACAUAACCAAAACACAGAACCCUGAACCAGAACACAAAACCCAGAACCCAGAACCCAGAACACAGAACCCAGAACCCAACCCGUAACACAGAACCAGAACACAAAACACAUAACCCAGAACACAGAACAGAGAACCUAGAACACAUAACAUAGAACCGGAAACCCAGAACCCAAAAAACAGAAUCCAGAACACAGAACCCAAAACCCAAAUAACAGAACCCAGAGCUCAGAACACAGAACACAGAACCUAGAACCCCAGAAACCAGAACACAGAACACCAAAACAUAGAACCCAACCUAAACACAAAACUCAGAACUCAGAACUCAGAACACAGAACACAGAACAUUGAACACAUAACCCAAACGCAGAACCCAGAACCAUGCCAUGCCAUCCAUACUACACCAAUACAACGCCUCUGGCUGCAGCGCAGUGCACAGGCCACAGACCAGGCAUCCCUGGUAGACAGCCCCCUGGUAAUCCCCCCCUGGUACCGCCCUGCCUCACACCAUGCAUGCCACACCACACUUUCCAUCACUCGCCUUGCCAUGCCGUGCACUUCAACCCAUGCCAUGCCAUCCAUACCACACCCCUUAAACAGCGCGUCUGGUUGCAGCGCAGUGCACAGGCCACAGACCAGGCAUCCCAGGUAAACACUCCCCUGGUAAUCCUCCCCCUAAACCCUUAGAGCCUUUACUAGUCGCCCCGGUAUCCCCUCCCCCAUACCCUGGUCUGUGGCAUGUGCUGCUGCUGCAGCAAAGGUCUUCUCUCCCGCCCGCCCUGUAAGUUGUGCGUUUUUUUAUUCGCACUAAUCACCACUUAUCAUUCCCACCCAUCACCACCCAUCACCACUCACUACCAUCUGCCACCCGGAGUGCCCCUCCUUGUGACUAACCGUCUCUCUGCUCUCCCCAUCCCCCCAUCCUGCCGCACUGUUAUCCCCCCCUCAGAAGCCAGUAGAGCCAUUACUAGCUACCCUCAAACCCCCCCCUUGCAUACCCCUGGUCUGUGGCCUGUGCUGCUGCUGCUGCAGCAGAGGUCUUCUCGUCGGCUCUGUAAGUCCUUUGGUUGCCGCACUGCCUAUGCACGCUCUUUGGUUUCUGGCUCUCGUCAUUCUCGCAUCCUGCCUUGCUGCCAGUGCUCAUGUCGCCUCCUUUCGGUUCCAAUUCUCCCCGCUGUCCCUCCCUUAACACCUCACGUGGUGGCACUUGGAAGCAGCACCAGCAGCAGCAGUAGAGGCAGCAGCAGCCGCAGUUUUGUCUCGUGCCAUUCGUCCAUCCUGCUCUUCACUCACUGCUCUCCUCCCCGCACCUUUCCCUCCCUAGCAGCUCAUGUGGUGGCACUUGGAAGCAGCAGCUGCAGCAGCAGCAGAAGCAGACACAACAGAAGCAGACGCAGCAUCAGAAGCAGCAGUAGGGGGGGCUAGGUAACUGGAGGGCAGGCUAGGCUGGAGUGAGUCGUGACAGAGGUACAAGGUACGGUAUGGCACGGCAUGGUAUGGCAUGGCAUGGCAUGACAUGUGGUUAGUCAGGUCAUGCUUCACAUCUCUCUCUCCAUCUCCUCCCUCCGCCAGGUGUGCUUCUGCACUCAUGGGCGUGGCUGCUCACAGCACAGCACAGCAGGACAGGACGUGUCCCCCCCCCUCACCACCCUUCUCCCUCCUUCUCCUCCCCCCACCAGGUGUGCGCUCCAUUGGCGGGGAGGCAAAGGCAUGGCUGCUCACAGCAGGAGAGGAGUCCCCCGCCUCACCACCCCCUCUCCCUCUCCUCCCCUCCCAGCGCCAGUGGAAAGAGUGUGGCACGGCAGUCGUUCCUCAAGUAACAAUUCUGGCGUAUCGUAUAAUGGAACCGGCCAGAGCCGUGCGCGCUGGCUCUGGUUGGGAGUCCCCUCCUACGACGCUUUCGUACGCGGGAUUUGAGUCUUGGGCCGCCCGUGCACUUCCCACUGCCACACUUUGACCACAAGGCAGUGCUAUGGGGGG